GUUCCCUCUUAAAAUUUCCACAUGGCACCUUCUAAAACAAAUUCGAUAUGAAUAUUCGUAACAAGAAAAAGGUGACCAAAAUUUCAAAAUUAGGUCUGUACGAUAUACCCUAAUUAGGUUACGAUUUGUGAUUUUGCAGGAGCAACACAUUUCAAUCGUUGCCUGAAAUAGGGUAAACCCACUGCAGUUACUUUUUGAAACCUCUAAAUGGGACUUUGCUUCUCUUCGACUACGGCGGAUGAAGCACCUGCCAAUCAUCCUCAUUUUACGGGAGGUAAAGUCACCUUCAUCACUAACAAGGAUGUUUGGAACCAAAAGCUCUCAGAAGCAAAGACUCAAGGCAAAAUAGUUAUUGCUAACUUUAGUGCAUCUUGGUGUGGUCCAUGCAAAUCAAUUGCACCAUUAUACAUUGAGCUUUCCGAGAAGCAUCUUUCUCUUAUGUUUCUGACCAUAGACGUUGAUGAAUUAACGGAGUUAAGCACACAAUGGGAUGUAAAAGCUACUCCAACAUUCUUCUUCCUUAGAGAUGGGCAGCAAAUUGAUAAAAUCGUGGGAGCCAACAAGGCUGAGCUGCAGGAAAAAUUAUCCACCAUAGUCGAUUCACAAGUCCCAGGUGAUCAAAAGUAACCAUAAUCUGGUCAAUGGAAUACAAAGAGUCUUAAUCAUUUUUUGUUUGUUUUAUGGUAUUCUUAUAAAUGACUUAUGUUUCAUGGUAUUGGUUGAUGGUACAUACAUGUCAAUAUAUUAAUUUGUUC